CGCCCUCCACACCCUCAGAGAAAUCUCAGCCUAAACCGUACAUCAUAUCAUCAAUCAUCCCCUCAUGUCACCAUACGUCCCCGAACCUCGAACUGAAUUACUUUCCACCAAACCAGGAAGAGAUGCCACUCUUGGCCUCUGCUGCCUUGGUCUCAAUCUUCUUGUCUGCUGCAUCAAUCUUCGCACCGGCAUCUUUUCGAUAUUGAUCAAAUUUGUUCUCGGCUUUGGCUAGCUCUGCCUUACUCUUCUCAACCUGUGGAGGACGAUUAGUGAUGUUCAGGUGAUAGGUGGCUCAAUGGAUCAAGUAGCUGAUGCCAGCGUUCAGGACGCCUUGAGCAGAGAAUAUUCCCAAGCUCCUUGAAGAGCUUUAGAAGCGAAGUGGCAAAGUACUUACUGCAGAGUCAAGUUUUGCGCCGGCCUCACUUGCCCACUUCUCACCCUCCUUCUGAGCUUCCUUGGUACGUCCUGGGAUCUCCGACUUGAUCUUUGCAGACGCACGAGACAGAUCAGCUGGAACGGAGUCAGUUCAAGGAACUGGAAAGCACAGUACGAGAUCGAUAGGUACAUGCCUUCGACUUGCUUCUCUGCAACCUUUGGGUUUCCACCAGCAUUGUACAGGUAAUAGCCAACACCACCAGCGGCGGCAAGACCGAGGUAGAGAGGCACUCUAGACUUUGGUUGGGCCAUUGUUGAUUAUUGUGGGAGAUGAUUUAACGUUUAUUGGGAGUGUCGAGAGUUCAGGAUGUUGGAUUGUGGUGUGAAGGAGAAAGUCGAGACGAAGAUGCAGUUGGAGGGCGGAAGAAGAGGAGACAGGGCAACCACCGGCAUUGAUGUGACGGAGCAGGUGCGUUGCUGAUUGGCUGGCGUGGUCGAGGAAGCUCUUCCAUGCAGCUUCCCCACACCACAACAGGAAAUGCACACCACGUCAUAGGGAAGUCACGUCAAAGUUCCCGUGAGGAAGCUACGAGUGGCCCGGAUCAACUGAUGGCCCGUGGCUUUCAGCUGAAAAUCGAAUUGGAAAUUAUUGGGACCUCAUGUUUGCCCACUGUGGCUGGUGAGACCCUCUUUCGUGCCUUUCGUGCCAUCCUGGGCCCUGGAUCCAAUUCAAAGUUGGCAGAUCAUUUUGGUAGCUCGCCCCACGCGUCAUCGACUCGCUACUCGUACGUGCGCCUGGGUCAACCUUGAGGCUUUUGGAGAUUCUCCCGAGGAAGCCAGAUAGCUAAACUAAUCGCAAAACAGGAAACCGCUAAAGUAAGUUCAUCAGCUAGGAGCGUCUAGCAUUAGGCGCCUAGGUGAUCGAAACGAAGGGACAACAUUGUUACUGUCACUCAAUUCGUUAACCGUCACCUGUUUGCAUGAUUCUACCUACCUAGUUGUGGAUCCAGACCGAUUUCCCUUUGUUACUGCGCGACAGGAACACAGCAUCAACAGCUUCCAGAGCUGGAAGUCCCCUACAGAAUGCUGUGAUAUUGGAAGGCAAUGUCGAUCCUACACUCUUCGACACGUCGACCCUCGCCCCUGAAGGAUACCGACUACGAUCAUGAAAUCAAUCUUAUCGAUCAUACGCGGCCAGAAAGCCCAGAGGUAACACGAAGUCGCUCUGCUGGCAGGAGGCCACUUUCUCCAGGCGUUACUUCAGACUCCUCCUCCCGACGGCAUAGCGACGUGCCACUUCGAAAACAUACGACUCCACUGCAUUUACGGGAGGAACUCACGAAGAGGAAAUACUCCAAAUACCAGGACCGUCGAUUGGGUCAGGGAGAGGGCUCAGAUCAUGGGGAAGCUGAAAAUGAUGCCACUGACGAAAUAGGCAGUGUGCAGGUAGAUGGAGGGGAAGGAGAAUCAGAGGAACGUGGCCGGACGAGGGACAAUGUUGCAGCAAAAAAAUCAAAACAAAGUACCGAUUCUGCGAUUGACAUUCUGUACGAGAACCAACGAGGGGGUUUCUUAUGCGGGAUGCCCCUCUUCUCGUCCCGUGCCCUGGGGAAUCUAGACCCAUCACCUUGGACCAACAGUGCUCAAAAGACCAGCGCCACGAAUAUUACGAAUGCACAGGUUCCAGACCCAUCAUGGGAAUGGGCCUGGCCGGAAUGGCAUAUCAAUCUCACCGACGAGGUUGAUGAGGACGGGUGGGAAUACUCCUUCAUGUUCUCCAAGAAGUUCUCGUGGCAUUCAAAAUCAUGGUACAGCUCAUUUGUUCGUCGGAGAGCCUGGACACGAAAGCGUGUUAGAAAGAGUGCUGGGUAUCGAGUCAAUGAGGGACACAUGCUUAACUCAGACUACUUCACCAUUCAUCCUGCAGAAUUGCGUGGUUCAAGUCGUGGAUCAACAACAGACAGCCAGACAAAGCGGUAUAGCACCAUUUCUAUAUCGAAACGAGAAAUGGAGGAAGGUGUUUCUGUGGAAGAGAUCCAGGACAUCGGAACAUUGCUGAAAGCUCUUCGACUCGCCCGAAUUGAUCGGGAAAAGACAGAAGCUGUUGAAAGCUUCAUCGAGCAUGGGGGUGAAGAUCUGUACUACUUGCGAGAUCAUAUGCACGAAAUCAUGGGCAUGUUUAUAUUCCAAGCCUCGCGCAGAUUACUUUUGAGCCACCUGCUCCAGAUCUUCAACAAAGCAUCCGAGGAGAACGAAGCCACUGAAAAGGAUCAGGUGGACCCAGCUAAGACGAGACGUCUGGAAAACCUGGAAGCAGCGGUGAAGCACGCUGAUGAGGAAGUGAGGAAGCUAGAAUUCUGGAGUGAUGUCAAAGACAUGGCAGAGAAGGGAGAAACUAAGGGCGCAGUGGAUGAGAGUCAAGGCUGGGACCAAGGGUGGUCCGGGCUCGACAACAGUGCUCCAAAGGAUGUAAUAUCAGACCAGAAACUCCCUGGGGCUGACAACUGUCACGAAGGCGAAGGGAACGGAACGGCUAUUUUAAAUGGACAGGUAAAUGGAAAAGGAAAAGGCAAGGCAAAGGAAUAGGUAGACUUGUGGAGCAUGGCGUUUAGGUAUGGAAGCCGGAGCAUAGCAUAAGGUAGCCGAAUCUUAUUUAAACAUCAGAAGCGUUAUCUGGGAGGGGAAAUGUGAUGCUUAAGAGCAUGCACUAAAUGACAACGACCUUUAUCUAAAAGAAAACAUACCAAGCGACGACAAAACGAGAGGCUCCUUACAGAUGGAGAGAAGUAAAAAAGAAAAGAAAAAAGAUAAAUAGCAAACCACAGACUGAUUGCGAUGAGGCGGAAGCUGUUGAAAUCCGAUCGAGAGGCAUCAGUCUGUUAGAAACUCUUAACCUGUAAUAGUUCUAUAGAGCCACGACCGUGACGUUGAACGUGGAUGCUUUACUUGAAGUCUGAAAUAUUCCUAAUAGAUUAUUACAUGCAGCUCUAAAUCGGCCUGUCUUAGCUGGAACGGAGGACUUUGAGAUGGUUGUUCACCUUUGAGUCCAGUUCAUCUAAAGUUGUUUUCAAACGCUUCCCUGCCAUAGCUGGUUAUCUGCCAGGUUGAAAGAAUCGUGUGACUUUAGAGUAUUAAAAUAAUAGAUUCCAUCAUUUGACAGGGAAACUAUUCUAAAGAAGUGGUUUUGAUUCAUUUUAU